AUGGCCUUGAAGAUUGAUGGCUACAUUACCUCAGACAUUGGAGGACUUCUCAAGAUCUCUGGUGGGCGGAAGAGCACACAAAUCAAGUCCGAGAUCUGUGAUCUCAUCAAAACAGGACUUUGCAAUAUACUACAACAGGAACGUGGCUACAACGAUAAAGACCUCCCUCUCAUGAACUAUGCCAACUACAAGAAGCUCGUCUGUGAUCAUGGCAUUGAGCUCGUCGGAUGGACUGAGAGAAAAGUGGUUAACCCGGGACAAAUACAAACCACUCCAGCAUUGGCUUAUCUACUGGAUGCGCUCCAGAAUGGAACUUGCUUCUGGAAGGUGCUUAGUGAAGCCGAGUGGGAAAAUAAAAGAAAGGAAAGGCUCACAGGAGCAGGAGAGAAAGCAUGA